AGACGUGGCGGGCCGCAGCGAGGGUGCCAUCAUGAUCCCCUGGGUGCUCUUGGCCUGUGCGCUCCCGUGUGCAGCGGACCCUCUGCUUGGCGCCUUCACCCGCAGGGAUAUCCAGAAGGGCGCCCCCCAACUUGUCUGCAGCCUACCUGGCCCCCAGGGCCCCCCAGGCCCCCCAGGAGCCCCAGGGCCCUCAGGAAUGGUGGGAAGGAUGGGCUUUCCCGGCAAAGACGGCCAGGACGGCCAGGACGGGGACCGGGGGGACAGCGGAGAGGAAGGUCCACCUGGCCGGACAGGGAACCGGGGGAAGCCAGGGCCAAAGGGCAAAGCGGGGGCCGUUGGGCGGGCUGGCCCUCGCGGCCCCAAGGGCGUGAGCGGAGCCCCGGGGAAGCACGGCACUCCAGGCCAGAAGGGGCCCAAGGGCAAGAAGGGGGAGCCAGGCCUCCCGGGCCCCUGCAGCUGCAGCGGUGGCCACGCCAAGUCGGCCUUCUCAGUGGCAGUGACCAAGAGCUACCCACGGGAGCGGCUGCCCAUCAAGUUCGACAAGAUCCUGAUGAACGAGGGCGGUCACUACAACGCCUCCAGCGGCAAGUUCGUCUGCAGCGUGCCGGGCAUCUACUUCUUCACCUACGACAUCACGCUGGCCAACAAGCACCUGGCCAUCGGCCUGGUGCACAACGGCCAGUACCGCAUCCGGACCUUCGACGCCAACACGGGCAACCACGACGUGGCCUCAGGCUCCACCAUCCUGGCUCUCAAGCAGGGGGAUGAGGUCUGGCUGCAGAUCUUCUACUCAGAGCAGAACGGGCUCUUCUAUGACCCUUACUGGACUGACAGCCUCUUCACAGGCUUUCUCAUCUACGCCGACCAGGACGACCCCAAUGAAGUGUAGGCAGGCCGCGCUGGGUCUCCAGGGACGACGGAACGCGCUCCUGGACUUGUGCUUACAGAGCAAGGCCCCUGAACUGUCUG